AUGGCACCAGCACCUAUUGCACAGGCUGUCACAGUGUCAUUGGAGGAGCUUCGAAAUGGUUCCGUCUCGUUAGAGACACUCCAACAAGCCUUUGGCCCAGACUCGCUGGGCAUAUUGGUAGUCAAGGAUGUACCAGAGGAGUUUCACAACCUCAGACGCCAGGCUCUCUCAUUUUCGUCGUAUCUUGGUAACCUGCCAGAUAAAGAGUUGGAGAAUCUUGAAAAUUCCAAGGCAAAAUACCUGACCGGCUGGUCACUGGGCAAGGAGACGCUCAAAAACGGCCAGCCCGACGCGCUCAAGGGCUCCUUCUACGCCAACUGCGCCUUCUACGUGGACCGGACGCUAGACUGCGCCGCCCCGACGGCCGAGUACAACGCCGACAACUUCCCCGAGUACCUGUCGCCCAACGUGUGGCCGCCCGAAGAUGUACUCCCGGGCUUCAAGCCGGCCGUCGAGGGCCUGUGCCAGACCAUCAUCGACGUCGCCGUGCUGGUGGCUCGGGCCUGCGACCGCUUCGCCCAGCAGGAGAUCAGCGGCUACCCGGCGGGCGGGUACCUGGAGAACAUGGUCAGGACCUCGACCACCACCAAGGCCAGGCUACUGCACUACUACCCCGCCGAGGGGGAGGCCGGUGCGGCGGCGGGUGCCGACGAGGGUGAGGACGACGACUGGUGCGCGACCCACCUGGACCACGGGUGCCUGACCGGCCUGACGUCUGCCAUGUUCGUGGACGAGGAGGCGGUAGGGCUCAAGCCCGGCAGCAUCCCGACGGCGUCGCCGCUCAAGGCGCUGGACGAGCUCCCGGCCUCGCCGGAUCCGCGCGCCGGCCUGUACAUCCGGUCGCGGACGGGCGAGACGGUGCAGGUCAAGAUCCCACGGGACUGCAUCGCGUUCCAGACGGGCGAGGCGCUCGAGAGGAUCACAGAGGGCAAGUUCAAGGCCGUGCCGCACUUUGUCAGGGGCGCGAGGACCGACGACAUGAAGAGGGUUGGGCGCAACACGCUUGCCGUCUUUACGCAGCCGAACCUCGGUGAUCUGGUUGAUAUCAAGCAGGGGAUCACAUUUGGGGAGUUUGCGAGGGGUGUUGUUGCAAAGAACACGGUGGGUUGA